AUGUCUCGUCUGUGGAUAUCACCGGGUUCAGUUUCGACGGGCAACUUAUCUACUAUUGGAAUCGCUUCCAAUCUCCUUUCAUUUUUUGUAAUGAUUCGACAUAAUGUAUUUAAAAACUCGUUUGGGCUCCUUGCGGCUUGCUACGCUAUAACAAACGCCUUCAUUCUGGUCAUCUGUGCAGGAGAAUUCCUGAUGGUAUGCUAUACGAAGAUCAACCGAAUGGGUCAGCUUUCCUUUGCCCUCUUCGAAGCUACGAUUCUCUGCAUUUUAUUCAUUUCUUUGAACAGGUUCACGGCGAUAACAUUCCCAUUGCAUUAUAGCGGUAUUUUCACGAAGAAAGCCACGUACGGAAUCUUUGCCUUUAUUUCUGUAGUUUAUGUGCUCUGGACGAUUGUUCUCUUCAUAGAUGGCUGCAACUUCUUUUACGACCACGCGGCUUCUAUGUGGAUAUGGAGUACGGGGCGAUGUGGUGAAGCUCUCUUUGACAUCGACCUCUACUAUAAUGGCAGUUUAAUAGCUAUAUUUACCGUCAUCGAUAUUGUGACUAUCGUACAGCUAAAGUUAAGAGGACAAGUUUACUUCUCCACACAGAAGGGCAGUGGAGUCAAGAAGAGCAAAGCAGCUGGAAACAUCCUCCUGACGAAUGAGCUUAUA